AUGGCUAUUCAAGGGUCCACCAGCUUCCAGUCUAGUCUCGACGCUGCAGCUGCACCGGCUGACUCGGUUCUGCAGGGGAUCCCGGAAGAGGAGGAGGGUGUCUAUCUGCUCCAUGAUUAUGACCUGGAGGGUCAUGCUCAGGAGUCGAAUGCUCGAGAGAAAGCUGGCACUUCAAGGAAGAAGACAUCACUAAGUUCUCGGCUAUUUCCAUGGAGUUGUGGGCUUAAGAAAUGCGAUUCAAGGCUCUGGUGGAAGAGGGCGCUCUUCUGUGGAACUGUUAAGCGGCUGUUCUGGAUUCUAGUCGCUAUCCUCGGCCUCGUUAGCCUCUUCUCCUUCGCAUGGGACAGUAUCCUCUCCGUCCUCGCCGAUAGUCGCGAUGCAGGCAUCCUCCCCGGCCAGCGGCCCUCACUCUUCUCAGACUGGCUCACACAUGGCGUAAUCCCAAUCGCCUGCCAUUCACACAACGACUACUGGCGGCGGGUUCCGCUAUUCUCAGCCUUAGCAGUAGGCUGCACUAGUGUGGAAGCCGAUAUCUGGCUCGACGGCGACGAGUUACUCGUCGGACAUACAAUGCGCACUGUACUCCCGAAUCAAUCACUGCGCAGUCUAUACAUCGACCCCCUUCUCGAUAUUCUAGAGCAGCAUAAUCCUGCCAGCAAUGUCUCAACAUCAGAGACAGAAUCACCAAUUGAAACAGACUUCGCGCCAGUCGGCGUCUUCGUCACAGAACCCAGUCAAACUCUAAUCCUACUCAUCGACUUCAAAGCAUCCCCCGAACUCCUCUGGCCCCUCCUCAUGAAAAACCUUCAACCUCUCCGCCAAAAGGGUUACCUAACACAUUUCAACGGGACAACACUCAUUCAACGCCCGAUUACCGUCGUAGCAACGGGUAGCGCACCUUUCCACCGCAUCCAAGACAGCACCACAUACCGCGACAUAUUUUACGACGCACCGCUCGAUAAACUCACCCUCGAACCCGAACCUGAAUUCCAAUCUACCACAAACUACACCUCGGAUACAGAGCCAUCAUACACAAAGUACAACAGCUACUACGCCUCUGUCGACUUCCACGCCAGUAUCGGAUCUAUCCCGCUGGGUCGACUAUCGCAGGACCAGCUGGCUAAAAUCAGGGCUCAGAUUGCCGCUGCACAUGACCGGGGCUUGAAAGUGAGGUAUUGGGGUACACCUGGAUGGCCGGUUGGAUUGCGGAAUUAUGUGUGGAGGGUGCUGGUUCGGGAGGGUGUUGAUAUGUUGAAUGUGGAUGAUUUGAGGGCCGCGAGUAGAGUGGAUUGGAGGGAGAAGGGUUGGUGGGGGUGA